AGAUAAUCUUCUAAUAAAUAUGCUGCUUUAAAUGAAGUUCAUCAUAUAUUUUUUUGUUAUAUGUGGUCCUGUAAAAUUAGAGAAAUUUUACUUAAAAUAUCUUGAAAAUUAUCACUCUGUUAUAUUAAGCCACUACAAAGUUCCAAUAGACUCCCAAAUACUAUCUUUUCGUUUUAUUCCUUAUUCUGAAACAAAUAAUUGUCCUACCAAAGAUGUCAAUAUCUUUAUACAAUAUAAAAAAUAUCCUACUAUAUGGAAUAACUAUUCUGCCCAUAAUUUUUGGUAUCAAAAUUAUCAGAAAUAUUUUUUAAAAACUACUGCCUCAUACGAUAAUUACAACGCAUAUUCUUUAAAUAUUCAAAAUCCUUUAGUAGGUGUAUGGUUUAUUGCAGCUUUUUUAUCACCAGAAACAAUUAUGAUAAAACAGAAAGGAUUAUCUACUAAUUGUAGAUAUGCUUUAAAUAUAUCGCAUGCCUGGAAUGUCAUUAAUGUUGUGGAAUUGAUACCAAAUAUUAUAAAUAAACACCAGUUUUUCCCAGAUAAAGUCAAUUAUUUUAAAUUUUAUGCCCCCAAAAUUUCAUGGAGAUUUCAAAUAAAUAUUACCUUUUUCCCUCAAAUUUUAAAAAAUGCCAAGGAAAUAUAUUUUUCAAUGUCAAAAAUAUCUUUAAUUAUAGCUGAUCAACCAUUUCUAAACUUGCACAAUGAUCAGAAUUUAAAUUUUUCAACAUUAGAACCAUAUUCCUGUUCUUAUAAUGAGACAGACAUUUAUAGAACUUGCAUUUAUACUAAAUAUUAUCCAAAGUCAGAUGUUUAUUAUUAUAUACUUUUGGUAGUACCAAAUGACUUAAAUGCCUCAACUCAGUUUUCUUUUACUUUUCAAACUUUAGUAAUCAUUGAAACUUGCCUUAAUAAAAAUGUGAGUGAAAAGGAUAAGAAUAGCAAAAAUGAUAUAAGAACUAUCAUAAAUAAAUAUAAGAUGCCCAAACAAAUAGAAAUAUGUCAAGCUAUCGUAUUACCUUUGGAUAGAUUUCAUCUCCCGCAAUAUUUUACCGACGGCUUUUACAUUCAAUGGACAUUUUUUCACAUCAAUACAUUUUCCUUGGAACCUAGUCAUAGCGCCGAUUCUAUUUUAAUGCCAUUUUAUUUGGAAGAUUAUAUCGAUAACGGGUUAACAUUGGUAGUCACGUUGUAUCUCGAUAUUAUCCCACGUAGCGACGAUUCUCAAGGCUCUCUCCACACUUCAAACAAUAAUGAAAAACCUUCCAAAAAUCAUAUAUUAUUGCUAGCUGCUUGUGUAUCCCGCGCUCAAAUUCCUAACUUAAAUCUUACUACAUCCCUUUUUAAUAAUCAUUCCUUACCUUUUGAUUUUGAAUUGAGUUGUCACGAUCUCGAUAAUACUUUUCCCUUGAUAGCUUACCAUAUUCAAAACCCGUCACUUAAUCCAUCUUAUACCGCGAAAAUAAAUCUUCCUCAAAGAAGAAACGAACCGGCAUUUAAUAUAAAUGAAAAUAAUCUAAACAAUGUUAAAGUGCCUUAUCCUAUGUCUGGACAAUAUUUUUUAUACGUUCGACCCUUCUGCACAUAUAAUCAAAGAGAUGGGCAUGACUAUAGAAUCACCAAUUUUGACGAAUGUUUUAAUCACACCGAAUACAACGCGUUCAUAACUUUUAACAUUAAACUAGAACCGUGUAUUUCUAUAGAAGGGGAGAAAAAAAUCAAUAGUAUUGAAAAAGGAUCUAAUAUAACUACCAUAUUGAAAAUGGACCACGCGAAAUCAUCCGAUGAGCGAAAAUUUUCGCCUAAUAUAUGUGGAGGGCUUAGAAAAGGAAAAUGUCAAAUAACAGCUCAACAAAGUUUAUUCAUAACGGGGUGUCAAUGUCUAGCUGGCUGGAAAGGCGUAGCAUGCUCUGACGGCACUAGAGCUCUGAGUAAGACUAGACAAAUUAUAAACCUCAUAUUACUAACUUUUAGUAACUUCAUGUUUCUCCCUGCUAUCUAUUAUUCGCUAUCAAUCCGAUUCUAUUCCGAAUCUGCCGUUUACAUGUUAAAUAUGAUGUCAUCCAUGUUUUACCAUGCUUGUGAUGAAGAGGUCAUAAAGUUUUGUCUUUUACCCUAUGAAGUGUUGCAAUACAUGGAUUUCUAUACCUCAAUCCUUUCCACAAUCGUUACUGUUCACGCUAUAUCCACCCUAGACAUAGGAAUUAUAUCCCUUUUAAAUUUAUUGUUCGCUAUUGUAACCGCCUUCUUGGUUCAACUUAAUAGACUUGGACUUUGGACAUUUUUAGGACCCCUCAUCGUUUCUUGCUUUAUACUUUUGGCUUCGUGGAUAUGGCGAAGCUACGCAACUAAAAAAUUAUUCCCUCCUAAAAAUGUUUUAUUAAAACACAUUAUACCAGGAAUAAUGGUGGCGUUUAUAGGAUUAUUGGUUUUUGCAUUUGCUCAAACAGAAGACAAUUAUCCGUAUAUUCACAGUUUAUGGCAUAUUAUGAUGUCGAUAUCAAUCUUAAUAUUAUUAACAGAGAAAAAAUCACAAAGAUUAAAAUUGUGUCAAAGCCAAAUCUUAAAUAAUGAUAAUUCUAAUAUACCUAGAGAAAUUGAAGAGCCCUUGGACUUACUUUCUUGAUGUUGUUUAUAAAUUUAUAUUUCAAUUUUUGGUGAUAGUCAUUGUCAUUCAUAAUGUUAAAUAGUUUACCUUUCGUUUUUAAUAUAUAAAAAAAAAAUUAUUUUUAUGUAUGU